GGUUGUGGGGGAUCAGAGGAGGAAUUCACUGAAGCAGACGCGCAGUGCAGGCUAGUGUGGUCCCUUAACGACAAAUUGAUGCCAUCGCCGUUUAUUGAGCGGCUCGUUCAUUUCACUCUGGAUCCGGAACCAUUAAUCCACUCAUAGAGAACAAGCUCAGUCGAUUACCAGCCGGGAUAACGCACACUGCAUGACCUUGCAUUGAAUGUCAUUAUAGAGGGAUUUUUUUUUUAAAGCACCGACACGGUAAGGUCAUCGGCCACAGCCAUGGAGAUUGUCACACAUUUAAUUAAUGACACCAUAGAGUUCUACAAAUGGACCCUAACUAUUGCAGACAAGCGAGUGGAGAAAUGGCCUCUGAUGGACAACCCCCUGCCCACGCUGGCCAUCAGCACCUCCUACCUGCUGUUCCUCUGGCUGGGGCCCAAAUACAUGAAGAACCGAGAGCCCUUCCAGCUCCGCAAAACCCUCAUCGUCUACAACUUCAGUAUGGUCUUCCUCAACUUCUUCAUCUUCAAAGAGCUUUUUAUGGCAGCGCGGGCGGCAAGCUACAGUUACAUUUGUCAACCAGUGGACUAUUCAGAUGACCCCAAUGAAGUCAGGGUAGCAGGAGCUCUGUGGUGGUAUUUCGUCUCUAAAGGCAUCGAGUAUCUGGAUACGGUGUUUUUCAUCCUGAGGAAAAAAUUCAACCAGGUUACUUUCCUGCACGUCUACCACCACUGCACCAUGUUCACACUCUGGUGGAUCGGCAUCAAAUGGGUGGCAGGAGGACAGUCAUUCUUUGGUGCACACAUGAACGCAGCCAUCCACGUCUUGAUGUACCUGUAUUAUGGCCUGGCCUCCUGCGGACCUAAGAUCCAGAAGUACCUGUGGUGGAAGAAGUACUUGACUAUCAUCCAGAUGAUCCAGUUCCACGUCACCAUUGGCCACACCGCCCUGUCCCUCUACGUCAAUUGCGACUUCCCCCACUGGAUGCACUACUCCCUCAUCUGCUACGCCAUCACCUUCAUCAUCCUCUUCGGCAACUUCUACUACCAGACCUACCGCCGCCAGCAGCCCAGACGCGACGCCUCCUCCUCCUCCUCCAAAGCAGGCAAGGCCCUCUCUAACGGGACCCUCAACGGGCUCAGCAAGGCUGCCAACGGAGCACUGGUGACAGGGAGCAAAGAGGAGAAGCCCCAGGAGAACUCUGGCAGGAGAAAGAGGAAAGGAAGAGCUAAAAGAGAUUAGAGGAAGAGGAGCAAGAGAGGUAGAGGUGAGAUAGGGCCUUGCUUCAGGUUCUAGGUUGAUAGUGCUAAAACACGAAAGACUAAAUUUUAGGAAGAUUUAGAUGGAUGGAUGCUUUAAGGUGUGAUGUGUUUAUUUAAGCCAUGAUCUGAGUUGUUGUAGAUAAAAUAUGAGACAGGCUUGUGUUGAGAGAAGAUCAUUUUGUUAGUAAGAGGUGUCAAAGGUCUUGCCUAAGGUGACCGUUACCACAAAUAACCCAAAAUACAGUAGUGUAUGGUACGGGAUAGAUCAUAGUAUUCCUUCUCUUUAUUGUGGUGCCAAGUACUGUAGAUCUGGUUCAAAAAGUGACUUUCAGCUACUAAAAACUGAGCCUGAAAAGGAAAUAGAGUUUAUCAGGCCCGUUUAGCAUGCUGGGAAAGCUACAUUAAAUGCGCCUGAGCUGCUUGAAAAAGAUAAUAUAACAUUGUUAUUAGCGAUCACUGCUGUAUCGAGACAGGAAUACACAUUACGACACACGCACAAACAUGUCAAUUUAUAUUUGAGCUUAUUAUGUUUUGUUCACCUUUACAGAUAUAAAACUGAUAAUGUACAGUAUCAUGUCAUUUUUGUCCUCAUCAUAUUCAAGUUAUUAUUGAUGUUACUGAGAAAGACUUAUGUUUACAGUUCUUGUCUUUUUGAAUAGACACCUCUGCAGUUAUCCACUUAUUUGUGAACAUGGGGUUGUCUUAUUUAUUCUUAUUUAUGUCAAGUUGUGGACACGGCUGCCACUCACUUUUGAGCUUUCACCCAUUAGUGCACAGUUACAUUCUAAAGAAGGAAAAUAAAUUGAUAUCCAGAGGUGAGAUGUACAUAGAAAUAGAAAUAUAUUUCUAACCCUUUGAGACUUGGAUGGGAUUGUUCCAUCACUGGUUUGUGAUGGAAUAAUCAACAACUGUAGCUCAUAGAAGGUUAAAAUUGAUUUUCUUUAUUUCUGUAUACAACCAUAAGAGGUUUUAUAUGUCCCGACUUAUAUGUAAUGCGUUGAAAUGUAAUGAAUAUUAUCCAGAGAAAUGAUGGAUCUGAUGAUUAUCUCAGUGUUCCCCAUUCUGACAGAGAAGCUGGUGGAGUUUUGUCUUUGCAGAUGUUUACCUGUCUUUUUAUAUUAUAUCCUCUCUGAUGUUGUUGUUUGUCUUACAUGCUGGUGAAAAUGUUGUGUGCCGAACAAAGAAGCGGUGGUGUUCUGGGUUCCCUUUGUUUUAAGGGGAAUUCAGAACCAGCUAACAGCCAGUUUUUAUCAACUUAACUAAGCCUACCUUAAGCGCCAUUUUCUUUCCCAUAUUCAAUCAAAUAUCUUUUUGUGUCUAAGUUUUCAGGCUUAGUCCGUGUCCUGAGCUGGCUUGAAUGUAAAUUUAUCAGGGGAAAUAUUUGGAUCUAAAAAGAUAAAGGUUAUGAUUUAUAUACAAAAAGAGCUGGUGAACCUCUAUAGUGACUGUGUAUGUUAUACCACUAUGAAGAAUAACUUCAUUCAGCUCUGCCUGUAGUAUAUAGAGUAUAAAUCAGCCGUCUGCUCUAUAUCAGCAGCUUUAUGUCAUCCAUCAACCAAUGCAUUUUUGAUGUUAUUUAUUUACUUUCUAUUUAUUUUUCUGUAAAUACCAAUUUUCAUCUAGCUGAGAGUGGUUGUCUGUGUAUUUGUGUUCUUUUUGUGUUGUACAUAUUACAUUGUGAGAUUUUGUACACUGCGCAUUGGGAAUGUUCCCAGCUUGUUAGCUUGGACAGUUAUACGUCCACAUUGCUUCUGUGUGUGUUUUUUUUUUUAGUAUCAUAACUUUGAACUCUCUUUAAAUUGAAUUAAACUGAAUGCCUCUACAAA